AUGGUGCAGACAAAGAUUGUAAUUGUGCUGACCUCGGUACGACGAGAUGGGAGUGGUGAUGCAAGGAUGGCAUCAGUCAAGGAAUUCCAACGACAAAAAGACCAAACACAGGUCCGCACAAGACAGAAGAAGAACGACUGUGAAUUUCCUGAACUGGGACCUGGAUAUCGCAGGAUGAUGGAAGAGCACCCAUCUUCAGCAAAUACAUGGUCGCUCGCUCAGCAAGCGCUAUCGAUCCCUUUGUGUCGACAACGUACGAUCUGGGUCGUACAACAACCUUCCUGUAAGUCCCGCGCGUCAAAUCGGUGA